UCCUGCAUUUUUGGUUGGUUUUGUCAGAGACAUGUUAACCAGAAGAAGACCAAAACCAAAAGAAACCAAAGAAGAAGAGAACCAAAACAAUAGUACAGAGAUGAAAGAGGAGAAAGAAAGAUUUUCUCGACUGAUUCUAGAUAUUCAAAGGAUGGAGGAUGAUGACCAGAGUGCAUCUGUUUUAGAGAUGGCGUCAAAAAAGUUUGAUCAAAAUCCAUUUUUUCCACAAGCACUUGCUCGUUUUUAUUACACGGAACUAAAAGACUACAAACUGUCAGAAACGUGGGCAAACACAGCAAAAAUAAGAGAUCCCAAAAGUUCAUUUAUUGCUGACACACUGGGCCAAGUCCAUAAGAACCACCUGAAGAACAUAGAGCAUCCUGCCAAGCCAAGAGAAAUUUUGCAACUGGCCGAAAAGGCCAUUAAUGCUUUCAAACAUGAAGAACAACUUGCUGAAAAUGAACGUGGGAUAGAGAUGAAAGGAGAUGGCAAGACCAAAGUCUCACUUUAUUUUAACACCAGAGGGAUGUUUGGUUAUCUACAAGUUUCUAACCUUGUGUAUGACCGACUUGUCAGUCAGAACGAAACUUGGAGAGGAGUUCUCACAAAGAAAGUGUCCUUGCGAUCUGUCCUGGGAUCACUUGGAGACAACAAACUCUUCAGAUUUAAUGAUCUAAUAAACAGCCUAAGAGAUGAGGUUAAGAAAAAAUGUGCAUUUUUUGAUAAAUAUCUUACUUACUCAAAGCCUGACAUGAAGAAAGAUGAUCCCUCAUACAUUUCUAGAGACACCUCAGACUGCAACAGGAAGUAUGUUGGAGACUACCCACCAAAGCACUUCAAAGACAAAGGUGCUGAUCUCAUCCAGAAUCUUAAGCAAAACCUGGCAGACACAUCUGCUGGAGUACUCUCAUGUCUUGACAGAGAAUGCACUGAAUCAGACCUUAAGGAAAUAACUACAUGGUGGGAAGAAAUCUUUUCACAGAAAAUGCCUCUGAUCCCCAGAGAUUCACCUGAGCUCCACAUGUUAACCCUCCUCCUGUGCUGGCCUUCAGACAGUAAAGAGAAAUGUGUCCAUGACCUCAAUAAAUUAAUUCGGCGUAUGAACUGCUCCUAUGAACAUGCAUAUAAGAUACACUUUCGAUCAAGGUACCUCCCCCCUCUGUUUUUCAUUGGAAAAGGUCAAGAUCUUACCAGAAUUGUUCACAGAAAGGUCCUCAAAGAAAUGUUUCUUGAACAAAAUGAGGAAACAAUACAAGAUUGGAGCAACAACUGGAGCAACGAGAAGACUUUCAAAGAUCCGACGAUCCAAGCACGCCUUCUCAAAGUUGAAGGGGUGGUACGAAACUACAGAGUCUAUGCAAGAAUUGGUGGUACAGAGAUUGAGAUGGAUGCAAACCUCCGAAACAGCCUCUGGAGAUCAUGCCAAGUUUCCUUUUACAUUGGAUUUACCAUCAGAGGUCCUGUAGCCUUUGCCAUCCAGACAAAACCUGCAGAAAAGGAACAAUCCUCAGAGAUGGCUAGCUCAGAACCCCAAACCACAACUCUCUCCCUGGAUGGAUAAAAAUGGAGAUCUCCAUCAGACAGAUCUGAUUAACUGAGUGACUGAUACAGAAGGCAUCCUGUUGAAGCUCAAGGAUAGGGGGUUGAUCUCAAAUGAGAACUAUGAGGCUGUG